AUGGCCGAGCGCAGGAAGAGCGAUCACGGCUCCAAUGGCUCCAGCGGCUCCAAUGGCUCCAGCGGCUCCAAUGGCUUCAACAGCCCCAGCAGCGGGCGCCGGGAGUCGCUGUCAUUCCUCAGCCCUAACGACGCCCUCACCACCACCGCCUCGCACCAGAGCAGCAGCUCCACCACGCCCUCGCCCGGCCGCCCCGGACCCCCCAUUCGCACUUCGCUGCUGCCCUCGCCCAUCCCGCCGCCAACCGCCUCGUCGCAGUCCUCGCACCACCGCCCCCGUUCUCGAAUCAGCGUUGUCUCGGCGAUAUCGCGCGACGACCAGAGCGAGAGCGCCGCCCCACGCAAGAGCCACAGCCAGAGCAUCUCGAGCACGCCGCGCACACUGGCGUCCUCCAAGUGCACCAGCUCGACUGCCGCGGACAACCGUGAACGCCAGCGUGCUGCCCGCUCCUUGCCGCCAUGGGUCCAGUCCGCCGACGAGGACGAGAUAGCCGAUGUCACCUCGCUGCUGCUGCCGCGGACGCCUACCUCGGUUCGCCCGGCCUCCCACAACUACAUGCCCACGCCCAAGUCCAAUGUGCCCGGCCGCAAAUUCGACCACGCCCGCGAAGGCGCGCCCGUGACCCUCACCGCACCCGUCGGCGAGAAUGCCUCCAAGUGGAAGCAGUUCGCCGCAGCCUCCAAUUACGACACGCACGACCGUCCCAUCUCCUCAAGGGGGCAGAUCGUCGACGAUGACUGGAUGGCUGCAAACCUGCCCGAUCUCGAGAAGCCCUGGGAGCCCAUCGACGAAGAGGACAAGGAGGAGAAGCUCAAGGGCUUCUGGAUGUUCAGUCCGGCGAAGAGGAGGCGCAAGAUGGGCAGAUUCCACCGCACAAUCAUGAACCACCCCAUGGUGCCGGCACUGGUCCGUGUCAUCGUGCUCACCUUCUCCAUCCUGGCUUUGUCGUUGGCUGGCGCCAUCUUCCACAAGUCGGAUUCGGCAGGCUGCGACAAUAACUCGUCGACCUGGAUGGCAAUUGUCGUCGAUGUCGUAGCCAUUGUCUACACUCUGUACAUCACGUACGAUGAGUACACAUCGAAACCCCUUGGUCUGCGUUCGCACAACGCGAAGAUGUCUCUUAUAUUCUUAGAUCUGGCAUUCAUCGUGUUCGAAUCUGCCAACCUUAGUCUGGCUUUCCAGGCGCUGACGGAUGAAAAGUGGGCGUGUAGGGACGCCUCAGAACCGCAGACGUCGUACUGCCCGUACACACGGUCGAUUUGUGUACGACAGAAGGCGUUGACUGCAACGCUACUCAUCGCUCUGCUGGCGUGGCUAGCCACCUUUAGUAUCAGCACCCUGAGGUGA